GAAAAAUUUAUAUUUCACCCUAGUUCUUAUCACAGAAAACCGAUAUUUUGUACCAGUUUUUUCUACUCCUAUUAUAUUUUUGAGCAGUUUAUUAAUUGAAUUAUACGUGUGUGAUACUUUGACUGUAUACCUGUUAUUAUAAAGUCGGAUCAUAUCAAGCAAGGGCGAGUCAAUGAUAUAUAAUAACUAUCUUACGAACAGAACCAUCGAAACACAAAGCAUGGCUCCUGGUAAAUUCGGCCUUUUCAAAGCGCGAAGCAGAGAGCAAGAGCAACCGUCUACUGAAAAUCUACUUCAUUCCAGCCACAGUAUUGAACAUGUUAUACAAACCUCUCCAAUACCUUCCACAAGUUACGGUAAAACUGACCAAAUGUCACCAGUCGACUUCACAGCGUUACAAAUCGACAGCGACAAUGAAGACCUACCCUCAGAACAGUUCACACCAACACGACGAGACAGCGAGAGCAGCAAUUGUGAAAAUACACAGGUGAAGUACCAACCCCUGUCGGUGGAAGCCACCUCCACCAGCACUCUCCAGAACGAGGAGUUGCAACACCAGCUGUAUUCCGACCUGCGGGACGACGCAGGGAUAGACUGUUUGCAGGACGAAGAAUUGGAGCAGCAACUCCGAUACUCAGACCAGUUGGACGACGGAGAUGCAUCCACAUCAUGUGACGCCAACUCCUUACAGUUUGAUGCAACCUCGUUGGCAGUCAGCGAAGAUCUCUCGGUCUACUGUGGAACUCUGAAGAAAGGCAAGAGGAACAGGACUAAGGAGGAGAGGCAGCUACGAGACUUCGACAUGUGGCGGGCCAGCAACGUAGAGGUUAUGCAGAACCUCCUCAGCAGAAGCUGCACGGCUGACGACCAGAUUAAAUGGGAAGCGAUUGCCACAUCUAGAGGUUUAUGCACUCUCACGGACAACUGUACGUGUGGGGAUUGCAGGAGGACAAAAUACCUCGCUGGAAUGACGGAUGGCGACGGAGGCCUAGGGACUGCGCCCUUGUUCGGCGCUAUAAGCUUCGGGUGCACAGUUCAGUGAAUUCCAGGAAGAGAGAAGGAGUUUGUUAAGCUGCUAGGAUGCUACUGGGAAGAGAAGUGUAAGAUUGAAGGGAGAUAAGAGAGAAUAUGUUUGUUUAGCUGCUAGGUUGUUAGCAACAGGAGUCUAAGAUUGAAGGCAGUAAAUGAAAGUGAAGCUAGGUUUAAAGAUGUUGGUUAAGCUAUGCUGUUCGGAAAUGAAGUGUAACAUUUAUUGGGAGAUAUGAAAGCGAAUGUAGGUUUUGCUAUUAGUCUAGGCUUUAUUCCACAGGGAAUGGAUGUGUUUGAUAAGCUAUGCUGUUCGCAAAAG